CUUUCAUUUUGAACAUCACGGCGGUAGAAGACCUCACACGUUUCCAGACAUUCUGAAGUUAUUUUAUAUGAUGGCAAAUUACAAUUGAUGUUACCAUGGAUAUCCUGGAAGAUCUUGCUAAUGCAAUACGUUACAUCUUGAAUUAUCUAGGUUUUGAUGUCAAUAACCUUGGGCAGAUAAUACAACCAUUGCCAGAGCGGGAGAUUAAUAUACGUGAUAGGAGCCUUGUACGGAGGAUAGGGAGCAGACUUCCGCUCAAACCUGCCAGGAGAAUACAAGUACAGAACUUACUUUUGAGCAACCAGACAAAUGCACCUGCCCACAAUGACAGCUUCUGCAGUGAACUGUCGUAUGUGUCAAGUGGUGGUGAUAAUUUGAUCUGGGUGGAGGAGGACCUAGGCAAUAACUGCAUCAUGGUCAGACCUAGAGAGAAACACAGACAAGAUUCACCAGAACCCGAACUACAAGACAUUGAAGAUGGUAUGAUAUUUGAUCCUAUGCAAGUUCUUCGUGAUGAUAGAACAUCUACACCGUUUGACCAGUCAGUAGGUUCUGUGUCUGCAGUCUCGUCAGUGGACCCAUUCACACAGCAGAAGAUCAGUGCCAUGGAGGAGGAGCUAGCAGCACUAAGGUCACAGAUUGCUACACUUAUCAAAGUUCAGGAGCACACAAAACUUCCUCCCAUUCCAUAUCCAAGUAUGGGACCUGGAGUGCCUGCCCCUCCACCCCCAGCUUGUCCUCCGCCCCCACCACCACCUCCUCCACCCCCUCCCCCACCAACACCAUCAGGGAUAUUCAAAGCACCAAAAGCUGGUAAAUCAUUGGCGGAAAUGCUCAAGGAGAAUAAAGAAAACCUCAGUGCUGGUGACCCAGCAGGUACAGGGAGUUCUCAGUCAGGUCCUCCUUCAAUGGCAGAUGUCCUGAAAGGUUUGGGAACAGUCAAACUCAGGGCUAUACAGAGGUCACCUGGUGGAACUCCAUUAAAACCCGACAAGCCUAAGAUAUCAGAGAACCAGGAUCCUGCAUCUCUUAUAGCUAUGGCCUUAAAGAAGAAGUUUGCCAGUCAUAUAUUAUACAGCCCCCGCAGUCCAUGCAGUCCGGACACAGACCAUGAAAAUGAUUAUACUUCACCAGACAGCCCUAUUGCACCAUUUGGCCAACAGUUGCUGAGGAAAACAAAGAAAAGAUCCAUGCUGUUUCAAGAGAGACGUCAAAGUGCAAGUCCAUUACAAGAGAGGAACCAGUGAUACAGGGAGGAUUGUUGCACUGUAAUAGGCUUGGGAACCAUUAACUUGUGAUAUCUAGGGGAGAUUGGUGCAGGAGAAAAUUCAGAGCAUAUUUAUUUAUGACAGAUGAUAAGCGUUUCAAAUGAUAAAAUCAAUAUCAUUGUGCGUGCCAAAGACAUUCCUUAGUGUGUUAAAUUUAUGUGCUAUUUUUCACACUCCGUUGUAUGUUGUUUUUGUGAUAUGAUACUUUGCUUGCUUGUCCUUAUAAAUUUACGUGUUAAUUUCUUCAUUCAUACUCUUACUUAAUUUCCUUGUAGAAAAGUUAUUUUGGGCCGUUCGCAUAUACACUGAACCAUAAAGAAAAUUAACUGAUAAAAAUUUAAGAUGUACUACAGCUUACAAAGGUUUUAACUCAUACAUUGUUUUUUAAACUGAAAUGAAGAGAUGCAGGCUCAAAUUUCUAUUUAGGUGUUAAAAUUUGGUCUGAUAAACAUAAAUUUUGCUACACUUUUCCUUGAUCAUGGAAAUGGAUAAAAACUUGUUCAGGAUUCCAAAACAAGUUUAUGAUUUUCUCUAAAUUUGUCUCUCUGUUUAUAAAUCACAAGUAUAUGAUCCAUUCUCUGAUGGUGACAUUGGGGACUUGCAAACAAUAAGAUACCUCACUAUUCAUAUUCAAGACAGUUUCAAGACAGUUUACAUGUACAAAAAUUUAUUUGUAUGAAGAUGUCAUGCUGCAACUGCCAGAUUCUUCACAUUUCCAUCCAGAGAUUUAGAUACAAGAUUCAACUUGUAUUUGAAAGCACAGUGACAAAAUACAGUUUGUUUUGUGUUGGUUUCAGUUUGUAUGUGAAACAGUCUAUACUUCCAAUCAGCUGCAGUGUGAUCUGUAAUAUUUUAUACCAAGACUUUUCUGCAGUUUCUUUUAAAUUUUUAGGGAGAAAAACGAGUAAUAUAUACAAUCUCUCUGUGACUUCAUUUAUAAUGGUCAGAAACAAUUUAUUACAAGUGCAACUUCAAUUUCAGACCUUAAAAGAAUAUCCUGUGUAUACUUGAAAAUAAAUCAUUUGCAUAAUUAUUAUAUUGGAAUGAGUAUAUAUACAGAAUAAAUAGGUUAAAGUGACUUUCCACAGAACAAUUAGAUUUUGUUACCGCAAAAUAUUGUUCUGUUUGUAUGUGGCCAAUUAAUUCUGUUUUCAAUAUUGAAGCAGUGGAAAUUGUUAACAAAGGACAUUUUUUAGCACGACUGUCAUGAAGUGACAAGGUGAGCUAUUGUAACCGCUUGAUGUCUGUCGUGCGUGGUCCGUCAACAGUUUGUAAAAAAAAUCUUCUUCUUGAAAACCACUGGGCAGAAUUUCACCAAACUUCACAGGAAUGAUCCUUGGGUGGCCUCCUUUCAAAAUUGUUCAAAGAAUUGAAUUCCAUGCAGAACUCUGGUUGCCAUGGCAACCGAAAGGAAAAACUUUAAAAAUCUUCUCCUCAAAAACCAGAAGCCCUAGAGCUUAGAUAUUUGGUGUGAAGCAUUGCCUAAUGGACCUCCAAAUUUGUUCAAAUCAUGACCCCGGGUUCAAAAUUGACCCCGCCCCAGGGGUCACUUGAUUUUACAUAGGAAAAUCUUAAAAAAUCUUCUUCUCAAAAACCAGAAGCCCUAGAGCUUAGAUAUUUGGUGUGAAGCAUUGCCUAGAGGACCUCUACCAACUUUGUUCAAAUUAUGACCCCAGGUUCAAAAUUGACCCCGCCCCAGGGGUCACUUGAUUUUACAUAGGAAAAUCUUCAGAAAAUUUCUAAAAAUAAACCAGAAGGCCUAGAGCUUAGAUAUGUCACAGGUAGCAUUGCCUAGUGGACAUCUACAAAAUUUGUUCAAAUCAUGACCCCUCCCCAGGGGUCACUUGAUUUUACAUAGGAAAAUCUUUAAAAAAUCUUCUUCUCAGAAACCAGAACCCUAGAGCUUAGAUAUUUGACAUGUAGUAUUGCCUGGUGGACAUCUACUAAAGUUGUUCAAAUCAUGACCCCGGGGUCAAAAUUGACCCCGCCCCAGGGGUCACUUGAUUUUACAUAGGAUAAUCUUCAAAGAAUUUCUAAAAAUAAACCAGAAAGCCUAGAGCUUAGAUAUUUCACAUGUAGCAUUGCGUAGUGGACUUCUACAACAUUUGUUCAAUCAUGACCCCUGGGGUCAAAAUUGACCCCUCCCCAGGGGUCACUUGAUUUUACAUAGGAAAAACCAGAAGGCCUAGAUCUUAGAUAUUUGACAUGUAGCUUUGCCUAGUGGACCUCUACAAAAUUUGUUCAAAUCUUGUUAAAAUGUAUGCCUGUGUGCUCUAUGUCAAAACUUGAUCAUAUCAUUUUGAGCAAUGGUACUCAGGUGAGCGAUACAGGGCCAUCAUUUAGAGUUCUUGUGAAAUGAACAACAGAAUAGGAUCGGCAGGUCCUAGCACAAUUUAAUUUUUUGGCAUUUAACAAUCACCUUCCCAGCCAUUCUGUAUACCAGACGAAACAACUGCGAUGUCAUCUAAGGAGCGUUCUCCCUGACUAUAUGUGGAUGUCGUCAGCAUAGUGGCCAUUUAUCGCAACUUUGUCUUCUUAACUUUUGCUGUUCAUACAAAAUGAACAUCAUGAUUUUCAAUGGAAUAGAAUAGGGCAAAUGUAAAUGUUAAAGACUGGCGUACUUUUGAAGAUUUAGAUAGGAAAUACCACACAACCACUAACUGAUGUCCACAACACUUAGUGAUUAUAAAGAUAGUAGUGCGUAGAUAUGUACGAGGGGUGUUCAAUAAAUACCCGGAAAAGUGCUCUCAUUUCUUUAUUUCUGGUCUCAUUUUGCUAAAAUUUGAACAUAUGACGGAUAUGAACAUACUGAAUGCAAAUACCUAAAUUACAGAUUUCAGAACAUGCACAAUAUUUAUUUGUCGUCUCCUAGGCAACGUCAUCACCUCAAAAGCGGCCCAACGUCAUUAUGAUGCUGUCGUAUCACACUCAAGUAGUAGCUGCUCAUCUAGUACCUUCAUGUUUGUCUGUCAAGUGCCUUCAUACUUACCUAUAUAGUAUCUUCUCUAUUACCUUCAUACCUGCCUAUCUAGUACCUUCAUGCUUGCCUAUCUAGUACCUUCAUACUUACCUAUCUAGUACCUUCAUACCUGCCUAUCUAGUACCUUCAUGCUUGCCUAUCUAGUACUUUUCAUACUUAUCUAGUACCUUCAUACUUACCUAUCUAAUACCUUCAUACUUAACUAUCUAGUACUACUCUAUUUGCUUAUGUAUUGAGUACCUUCCUAGUUACCUAUCUGCCUACUUACUCACCAAUAUUUAUAUACAUAUUUAUGUUUAUAGUUAGUAAACAUUGCUUGCUACAACAUAUUGUAACAGGGUAAGGCUACUAGUGGAAGUUUGAUACAUAUUUAGUGAAAUAUCAUAUAUGGCAAGUCAUUUUAUUGUCUCAGAUUGUAUGAUCUCAACUUUUAUUGUAUUUGGCUGUAUGAAACAGAUGGACAGACUUCCUUUAUGUAGUGAUUAGAGCUUCGGUACCGACUUCAAACUGCUUCAUACAUUUUGAUUAUACUUAAAAUGCCUGAUCAUUUUUGUUCAGAAAAAGAAAUAAAUACUGUUUAGGUCUUUGUCAACAUUAGCAUUAAAAGGUAUUAAACUUUCAUGUUUUUUUCAUUAAACAUUAAAAACAUUUGAUAUAUCUUUUUCUUUAAACUUAAAUUUGCUACAUUUUGCUGAAAGAAUUAAAAUCACUGUUAAAAACCUUGCAUUUCAUUAUUUGGGAUUUUAUUACCAAAAAGCCUAUUAUUUGUUAGCUGUUUGUAGCUAUGUGUGAAAAGUGUAUACACCUUUUCUCUACUCUACAAGAAGUUGAAAGUAAAGAAAGCAUUUUACAGUUUGAUGUUAUAAACUCUAAUUGAGCUGCACCAUGAGAAAAUCAACAUAGUAUGUUUGCGACCUGCAUGGAUCCAGACCAGCGCAGUAUACAGUGCAGCCACAGUGGUCCAGUGGUAACACUGCCAGACUGUGUAACCAGGGGUUGUGAGAUGAAGCCCCUGCAUCUUCAACUUAUAAUUACAAACAUUGAGAGAAGGGUCCCUUGUAUGGGUGCUUUACACCUGGCAUGCUAAAGAACCAGGAAAGCUCCUGGAAGGGGAGUGUCCUGUAUCUGGUGAAGUCCUCCCACUAAAAUUUCUAACAGUAUUCUUGAGGAGUCACUCAUAUAUGGGUUAUCCAUGGUAGCUACGAAUGAACUUUUAAAUUACCUUACCCUGCUAAAUUUCUAGAAUGAACUUGUUCAUCUUUCAAUUUGGACAGUAUCAUUAACUGUUAAAGGGGGUGCUCACCAAAAAGAUGCUGGCUGAAUGGAAACAGUGCAGAUCUUGAUCAGGCUGCACAUAUGUGCAGGCUGAUCAUGAUCCGCACUGUUUGUAAAGGCAGAAUCAAUCGUGUUCAGCAUGAUAAGGGUUAAAUACAGAUGUUGAAGCAAACAGAUGUGACAAAUUUAACUCUUCUCAGUUUGUUAAUGCAUGCUUGCAUCUUUUAACAGAAUUUAAAGUAACACAUCCCACACAUUCUUUUGAAGUCACCAUAAAAUCUAUCUGAAGAUUUUAUCUUUUUUUUUCAGUUUGGUUUUUGUAUAAAGUUCUUAAAUGUAUCUAAUCAGACUCUGAAAAUAUUUAAAAUCUUCAACCCAAAUAUGAAUGUGUAACAAAACCUAGUUGUAAUCUUGUAUUUCAUUUUGGCAAGAUUGAACUAAGAAAGUUAAAGUGAAUUGGUGCAUUUGCACAAGUCCACACUGAAGAAAGCUCUCAAAACUAAUAAGGAUAGCAGCUAACUGUAGCCAUUUCUUUAAAUUCUACUUGGUCUACUAAAAUGCUAGUCUCAUGUUUUAGAUAAUGCUAUUGAGAGUGACACAUUGUUGGCAAUAAACAGAAAAUCUUAAAAAUCUCAGAAAAUAUAUCUAUGCUUAGAUAUCAGAAAAUUUAAUUUUCACUUUAAUACUGUUGUUCUCUUUGAGUCAAACUGUUCUGUUCUUACAAGUUUAAAAACAUUUGAACAAAUUUUAUGAUAAUGUGUAAAUAUGUUUAUCUACCAGACGUUGUGAUAUACUUGACUAUAGUCCUGUCUUUCAGUUUGUGUAAAAUUUGUAUAUAUGAAGAGGUUACUGCAGGAUUUUGUGUAUAUGUCUAGAAUCAAUAUGACUGAUAAUUUUAAGCUAAAGAUAAAAAAAAAAUAGAAAUCUUUCUUGAAGUUAAUGUUGAAUGAUCUUUAUUUAGAGAAUUUAUAUCAACUUGAAAGUUACUUAUGUUUUUGUAAUUUUGAUAAAUAUGUAGGAAUGUUUAAAGUUUCAGAAAACUCUAUGCAGCAUGUAGGAAAAAAAGUAUUUGUACAAUUUAUUAUUUAGAUUGGAAAUAUAUUCUUCUCUAUUUUAGUUCUUUUUGCUUUAUUUUUUCAGUGGAAGCAUUUUAUUUACGCUGUAAAAUGUGAACAGUUAAAAGGGUGAAGUUGCACAUAAAACCAUUUUAGGUUAAAAAUUAUUUUACGAAGAGGUCAUUGAGGGAAAUGGUUGAAGAAACAAUGAUUUGAUAGACAAAUAACUGGGUUUCUGUUGUUAUUUUUUAGCCAUGAUGCAUGUAUACCAGUCAUAUGAUAAAAACAUACUUCCUUGUUGAAAAAAUGACAAACCAAACCAAAACAAUCAACUUAUUGUUAACCUUAUUGUCAAGUACAAACUAAUAUAUUGUAUGUAAAAUUUGUACAUGUAUUUUACUGUUCAGUUAUCAACAUAAUGUUAUUUUCUGUUAUUUUUUUCCUUGUCACUACAAACAUUAUGCUGAAGUGUUACUGUCAUGUACAUGAGUAUUGAUACAUAUUGCUCAGAAUUCCCACACUUCUAUUAAAUAACUGAUUCUUUGCUUAUUAGUAUUGGUAUGAAGUGUAUUUAUGUUAAGUGUACUUAUCACUGCCUUUGUAUAUAACUGUUUCAAUAAAAUAUACAAUGUCAUCAGA